AUGAUAGCCGCGCAGGCCAAGCUGGUGUACCACCUCAACAAAUACUACAACGAGAAAUGCCAGUCUCGAAAAGCCGCCAUCUCCAAGACCAUCCGGGAGGUGUGCAAGGUGGUGUCGGAUGUCCUGAAGGAGGUGGAGGUGCAGGAGCCCCGCUUCAUUAGCUCUCUGAGCGAAAUGGAGAACCGCUUCGAGGGACUGGAGGUCAUCUCGCCGACCGAGUUCGAGGUGGUGCUCUACCUGAACCAGAUGGGAGUAUUCAACUUUGUGGACGACGGAUCCCUGCCCGGCUGCGCGGUGCUCAAGCUGAGCGACGGCCGCAAGAGGAGCAUGUCCCUGUGGGUCGAGUUCAUCACGGCCUCCGGGUAUCUCUCGGCGCGCAAGAUCCGCUCCAGAUUCCAGACUUUAGUGGCGCAGGCGGUGGAUAAGUGCAGCUACAGAGACGUCGUCAAAAUGGUCGCUGACACGAGCGAGGUGAAGUUGCGCAUCAGAGACAGAUACGUGGUGCAAAUCACGCCGGCGUUCAAGUGCACUGGGAUAUGGCCGCGGAGUGCCGCUCACUGGCCUCUCCCCCACAUCCCCUGGCCGGGACCUAAUAGGGUGGCCGAAGUCAAAGCGGAGGGUUUCAACCUUCUAUCGAAAGAGUGCUACUCGCUGAACGGCAAACAGAGCUCGGCCGAGAGCGACGCCUGGGUCUUGCAGUUCGCCGAGGCCGAGAACCGGCUCCUUUUAGGGGGCUGCAGGAAGAAAUGCCUGUCCGUGCUGAAGACCUUACGCGACCGUCACCUUGAACUGCCCGGGCAGCCGCUGAACAACUACCACAUGAAGACUCUGGUUUCGUACGAGUGCGAGAAGCAUCCGCGGGAGUCCGACUGGGACGAGAACUGCCUCGGCGAUCGUUUGAACGGGAUUCUAUUGCAGCUCAUUUCGUGUUUGCAGUGCAGGAGGUGCCCGCACUAUUUUCUGCCCAACUUAGACCUGUUUCAAGGGAAACCUCACUCGGCUCUCGAGAACGCAGCCAAACAGACUUGGCGACUGGCGAGAGAGAUACUGACCAACCCCAAAAGCUUGGAGAAACUCUGAGGUAAAAGUAAGAAAACAAAAACAAAAGAAAACAAAAGUGUUAGCCUCGUCUAAACGUGGUGAUAAGGAGCCCUGAUGGUGUUUAAUCAGGAGCUCCAUCGACAGAAAAUGGCCUAUACGCCGAUCUAUUUUCAAAUUCUUGUAAAAUGUGACUCCCCUGUUGUUCAACAACCCCCUUGACAUCGCUUAUUCUAAGACGAUUUUUUUAAACAACACACAACAUGAGCAUUAUCCCCCCCCCCUCCUCUUAAGCGUUGAUUUUUAUUUCGGAGACAAAAAAAACAAUUAAAACUUUCAUUUUGUCGAAUAUAAAUAAGGCCACCUGAAAGUGGUUUCUUUCCCCUUUUUUGUGCCACAAGGUUGCCUAUAAUCCCUCAUCUCCUUAAAUGCUUUAAAAUAAAGCCCCGCGCGAUUAGCCUUGAAAAAUACGUCAUCUGUACAUUUUAUACUGUAUAUAUAUAGAUACAUACAUACAUGCAUACAUACAUACAUUCAUAGAUUGUGAUUCCAGUGGUCUGAAAUUGUGAAUGUUGUUCUGUGACACGUAAAUAGGAUUCCACCUGUUUUAAAUCUGCUCCUGAAGUUUUUUUGUUUUUUUGUUUUUUUUUCCUCCUUUUUCCAACCUGGUAGAGAAGUUAUUAAUUUAUACUUGCAUCAGUGGUAGUCUGUUUCAUCUGUUUUCUAUGGACAAUUUUUUUUUUAAUUUUUAAUUUUGAAAGUUUACAUUUUGAUGGUAGGCCAACAAAAUUUGUUGCAUUUAAACAUUCCAAAAAAAUUACUUGAAUUAUUAUUUAAAGUAGGUACUCGAACCUUUUUUGUUGAUGUUUUGCCCAUGCAGGCCUAUACAUGAUAAGAAAGAAAAUAAUAAUAAAAAAAAUAUAUAGUAUAUAUAUAAAUAUAUUUUACAGUCUAAUUGAA